AUGACUUUGUACCCCUUACUUGAUGCGACCCCCUUUUACAAUUCCCCAGAUACUCUGCGACCAAACAUGCACAAUUCUGAUGUCAGUUUGCAUCAUCUUUCUCCCAAAAGGAUUCUUACUUUACUUCCGGCCCCCCAUCAACAGGGAUCUUUGGUGUCAAUCAGAACACUAUUCACCGAGAACACCAACAAAAUUCAAGCCUUCAAUUUUGAAAUCAUGAGAGUUACGAUUCUAACACUCUGCACCGUAGCUACGGCUGCAUUCACAUCAACAUUAUACUCUCGGCGGGAUGCCAAACAUCACUCCAGCACCACGACCACGACAAGUCUUCAAGAAACCAUCGCUCCACCAAACCAGAACUUUGGCGAUCCAGCACAGAACAACUUUGGAGAUCCGGCACAAAAUGGUAGGAUGGCUCCAAAUAAUCAACAAGGCGGUGCCAUGACGACUCCGCCACCACAGUUUCGAGAUAGUGCUCCUGGUGGUCUCUGGCCCGUCCAAGACAAAUGGGAUCCCUCCAAUAGCGUCUUGGUGCAUGGAGAAACCCUCCGCACCAGCAGUUUACCCGUGGAAGUCAACAACAUUCACAUGAUGCUCAAAAGUGAUGGCCGACCCAUUGUGGCCAAAUACGAACUCUGGAUGGGACCGGACUAUACCCCCUGGAUUUUGCAAGCCUACUCGGAAGAUGGCAUCACGAGACCAGUCAAUGCUAUGAUUGCCACACCCAAGCGGGAAAACACCAUUGCCAUUCGGAAUACGGCCAAUAUGGAAUUUCCCUUUGAAGCUUGCUUGAAAAUUGACAACUCGUUGGGUGAGGUCCGACAGGCACUGAGUGACAUUGGUGGUGGAAACACCAAGAUUAUUCAGGGAGGUGCACUCCGAUCCUAUCCCUUGCCCGAGGCUGUGGAGAGUGUCCAGAUCCUCCUCAAGACGGAUGGAAGGCAUCUAAAAGCCAAGGUGGAGCUCUUGCAAGGUCCCAACAAUGUCAAACAAGCCUUUGAAGUCUAUGCCUCAGAUGGAAGCUACCGUCCACUGCACAUUGUCAUUGAUACUCCAGGAGGCGGCAAUAUGGUCCGGAUCAUUAACAAACUCACCAUGGAAUAUCCCAUUCUCUCCACGGUGGUACCAUUGGCCGCCAAGAACAAGGCUACUGGUGACAUCACCUACUUGUAA